CGACUUGACUGGGAGACCUGGGGAACAGGGCGCCAGUGGAGGGUGGCAUGACGCCGAGAGUGGCAAGACGAUCGUAUAAGAAGGAGGACUGAAGUGAUCGGGUACGUGUGCUUCCUCACGCUACGUGUCCAUAGCUACACUCUGUACUUUCCACCAUGGCACCCUCUGCAGCUGUUGCUCAUCAGCCUCACCACGCCACCCACGCUACAAAGGAAGAGGCGCCCGUCUCGACAGGCACACUCGAUGUAGACCCUCUCACUGAGCCCGAAGAUGAGGGCAAAGCCGACCAGAUUGCUCAGGCCGCCGUCACCCAGCUCAACACUGCCUUCUCCAGCGGCGAUGCCAAUCAGGUAGCUGCCCUCUUCCGACACGAUGGGUGGUACAAGGAGUUCCUUGCUCUCCAGUGGGAUCACCGAGCCAAGCAGGGCCCACAGGCCAUUGCGAGCUUCUUUAAAGACGAGAUUAAGCUUUCGCGGGAUCAUACAAUCAAGAACAUCACCCUCGAGCCUGGAAGCGCCGCUCUCCUGCCGGACGCAUUCCCUGACAUUCCUUGGGUCAUGGCUUUCAUCAGGUUCGAGACCAAGGUGGGGAGUGGAAGGGGAGUGCUGCGAUUGGCAGAAGAGAGCAACGGGGAGUGGAAGCUGCAUGCGCUUUUCCUCGGCCUCGAGACACUCAAAGGCUACGAGCCCAAGGAGCUGGACAAGCGUCCUCAAGGUGUAGAGCAUGGCGAGCACCGAGGAGGUCUCAAUUGGGCCCAGCGACGUGAGCGGAAGAAGGAGUUCCUCGACGAGGAGCCACAAGUUGUGAUCAUUGGCGCCGGUCAAGCUGGACUGAUGCUGGCGUACAGGCUUGGCCUCUUGGAUGUCCCUACUGUCAUCAUCGACAAGAAUGAGCGUGUCGGAGACAAUUGGCGAAAGCGAUACGCAUCCCUUGUGCUCCACGACCCUGUGCAGUAUGACCACUUCCCCGGCUUGCCCUUCCCACCUCACUGGCCCGUGUACACUCCCAAGGACAAGCUGGCCAAUUGGAUGGAGAUGUACUCGGAAGUCAUGGAGCUCAACUGCUGGAUGUCCUCUGAGCUCACCUCUACCAAGUAUGACGAGGCUUCUCGUACAUGGACGCUCAAGGUCCGCCGAGGCGAUGGCAAGGAGAGGACAAUCCACCCCAAGCACUGUGUCUUGGCUACUGGCCACAGCGGACAGAUGAACAGGCCCACCUUCAAGGGAGAGGAGAAGUUCCAAGGCCCCGUCGUCCACUCUUCUCAGUACACCUCUGGUGACCUCUACAAGGGCUCCAAGGCCAUCGUCGUCGGCUCCAACAAUUCCGGCCAGGACCUCUCCGUCAAUCUCGUAGAGCACGGCUGGGAUGUGACGCAGGUGCAGCGCUCCGAGACCUACUUCAUGAGCACAGACAGUGUCACUGGCAUCCUCAUGAAGGGUCUCUUCUCCGAUCCGGGACCAAAGACGGAAGACGCAGACCUGAUCUUCAACAGUAUGCCCAACCCUCUUCACAUUCCGAGCCAGAUCGUCGUAGCGAAGAAGAUUGCAGACUUUGAUCGAAAGACGCUCGAUGGACUCACCAAGGCCGGCUUCAAGUGCGGAAUGGGAGUCGAUGAUGCCGGGUUCCUCAUGAGUUACUUCAAGAGAGGCGGCGGCUAUUACCUUGGAACGGCCGCAGAGGACUUUAUCAUCGACGGUCGCAUCAAGAUGAAGCAAGGCCAGGCUGUCGACCACUUCACAGAAGACGGAAUCGUCUUUGCUGACGGUCAGGAGAUCAAGGCAGACUUGGUGGUGCUUGCGACGGGCUAUCAGAAUAUGAAAACGUCGGCUGUUGCCAUCUUUGGUGCAGAGGGAGAAAAGAUUAAGCCUGUGUGGGGAUUGGAUGAAGAGGGAGAGCUGAACACGGUGUGGAGGGAAUCGGGACACCCUGGCCUUUGGGUGCAGGCGGGCAAUUUGGCAUUGAACAGGGACAUGUCGAAGCGAUUGGCACUGAAUCUCAAGGCCAGACUGCUCGGGCUUGCAUAGCGGUGGACGUCGAAGCAUGUAUUUUCCGCGAGCCUCAAGCGACGGCGCCUGAUCAUGUAUACUUGUCCGACCCGAUAUUCAUGCGCAAUGCUACAGCUCAAUCACGCUGGGAACGAUCACGAGAAGGCUUUCAAGACUGGUUCUGUAUCAUUGGCUGCUGAACUUCGACUGAAGAAUCCAAUCGUGUUU